GCCCUGAGGCAAUAUUAAAUGAAUGUUGAUUUAAUACAGUUUCACCUGCUGUCAUACAAUAUCCCACAGAUAAUUUGAUGAGUGAACAGCAGAGGGCAGCAAAACUCCAUCUCUGCAUCCAGUCUGAAGGAUGAGGGGGGAGAGGCUGAAUUAAAAACUGCUGCUGCAGCGAUCACAGCGUCACAACUCAGGACGAAGGAGGACGAAAGAGAUCAGAGCAGCUUGUUGAACGUGACCUCCUCUGCUGAAGAAGACAAACAUGUACAGGAAAGCUGUGCUGGGUUUGAUUCUUCUGUGUCUGUUAUCACCUUCUGGAGGUCUGACAGACCACGUAAACGUCAUAGCUGUGCUUGGACAGACUGUCGUUCUGCCGUGUCUGGUUCCAAAUGAUGACCCUAUCAUAGCUGUACAUUGGAGCAGAUCUGACGUGAAUCCAAUCCAUGUGCUUUUGUACCAGAGCAAGAGGUCCAAUCCAGCCAACCAGCAGCCACCUUUAAGGAACCGGGUGGAUCUGCUGGACAGACAGAUGAAGGACAGAGACCUGUCUGUGAUUAUGAAGGAUGUGAAGUUUGCUGACACUGGAACAUAUGAGUGUCAUGUCAUCCAGACAGCAACAAACCACUGGAAGACACCCAUAAUGAAGACUGAGCCCAUCACCAUCGUCAAGCUGAGAGUUGAUCCAGUGGCUGGAACAACAAAUGAUGGAUCGAGUGAGUGUGUUCAGCCUCUUUACUUUAUCUUUGGUCUCGUCUUAUUUGUUAUUUUCAUUCUGUUUACUGGUUUCUGAAGCAUAAAGGAGGUGGCAUAACAUACAUGCAGGACAUGCAUGUUUAAACACAUCGAGUUUUGUUGUUGUUAUCUAUUUUUGACGUUCUCAGUGUUGUGUUAGUGUUGGGUGGUGCAGUAGUUGUAAUUUCAUUUGUGAUUUGAAAUUUUUCACAUACUGCUAAAUAUACAAAAUGGCCAAUGUAGCUUUAGUUCAAGAGCAUGCUGAGAUUAUUGUUGGUUAUCUUUGCAAACAUCAGACACGCCCAGCUGAUGCCUACAUGUAAAUCCUGCCUUCAAUUCAACAAUUCAAUAAUUGCAUAAUAUAGAGGCAUUUUAUAAUGUAAAGCAUAAACAGUACAUACAGUCCACAGUUUAUGUAUCAAUAAUGACUGAAUGGGCUCAGGCAGAACAAAUGCUCACACAGGGCCAACCUGAUUUAUGUUCUAAUUUUCUCAAUAAAGCUAACCUCCGCUCAAAAACUGCUACAGUGAAAUUAAAAAUGGCUCAAAUCAUAUCUGCUGCUUAUAGAAUAAAAUAAACCAACUCACUGAAUUUCAUAAUGUUGGACUAGUUGGAUUUUUUUUUCUUUUUUAAGUUAAAAUGUUUGAAUUGUUCUUUUAAAGGUCGAUUCCACACAGUGAGAAAUGUAACAACAUGUAGGUGAGAAAUAAACCCUCACAGUCAGUGUGUCGUUUCCACUUUAAUUUGUUCUGCCUGAGACCAAAAUACAUUUUUAUCAUAUGAACUUUAUAAUUACACCGACACAGAAUGAUGCAGAAUAUAUGCAAACAAGCCACAUGUUGACUUUGGUCAAAAAGUGUCAUUACAUGUGACUGAAAGCCAGAACAGGCAGCCUGUUACAGACUGACUCUGGAGCCAUGUGCCUAAUAUUUCAUUUUGUUAACAGAGCCUAAAUGCAGGUUAUUUACUGCUUUAAUUGGAUUCUUUCUUUUCUAUGAUGGUAUUCAAAUGUUUUAUAUUCUAUACAGAAAAAUGAGGCACUGUGACCACAUAAAGCUCAUUUAUGCAGAGAAACAUCAUCUGUUUAAAAAACUGAAGUGUUUACUUGAUGAUACUAAACAUACAAUUUUAUGGCCUCUUUUUGGACAUGUGUGAAGAUUUCCAUUAAUGAUGAAUUUCGUUCAUUAUCCAUUGAUUGAACCUGCCCUGAUGAGAGUUUUCCUGUUGGUACAAAUCUUUUAUAAUUUCUUCAUGAUUCCACCAACUCUGAUUUUAUGUGUUUAACUAAGGUUCACAGUAGCAGCAGGUGGUAAAUCUUACAUGAUGUCAUCAUUUGUUCUUUAAUCUACAAAACCAAAAAGGUUUAUUAAUGUACACUGCACAAAAUAAAUGUACAAGAUAAAAAUUUCCCUCAGGUCUGCAAAAGUGUCCUUAAAGUGACUGUAACAGUAAAACUGUUUCUGCCGCUGCAUCAUUCAGCUGCUUCAGCAUCUUUAUUUAUCAGCAUCGGCCCUAUAGGGACAUGAAUGUCACUCUACAUGUGAUGCAAAGAAAGAAACCGAUAUAGAACAGGAAUAUGACUAAAUAUGAAAUAACUAAGAGAAAUAAACACCAUUCCGCUUCUGACCUACAGUUCAGUCCCUGCAGCGGUCUAAAAACAUACAAAAAACAUACUAAAAACAUACAAAGAAGCAGCAGAGGGUGGAGGUUUAUUUCAGAAGGCUUUAAAUUCAAUGUUUUGUUUGAGCAGCAGUCAAAAGUCCAAAGAGAUUCACACGUGCCAGAGAAAAGCAUCAGAUGCUGUGUGUCACAGCAACCACUGCACUAAUAAAUGCUUUCAGUUCUCAUUUGCUGAGCUUUGAAGGCCUUUGAGAAAAUUCAUUGUAAUGUUAAAAUGA